UUUUGCCCGGAAUGAAGGUGGUCCAGUGAUGUCCAUGUCCAGGUUACCUGACCGAUCUCUGCUCACCCGCUGCGAGAUAUUCGUGUACUUUGGCGUCUACAUAGCCUAUAUAGUGGUGGGUCUGUACAAGAUCUAUGGACUUCGGGAUCAUAUAGUAGGGGAGGCCAAGUUCCAGUUUCCCGCGGGCUGGAGCUUCUAUCCCUUCAAUCAGCGAAAGAGGGAUGAUAGCAACGAUGAGCUGGAGAACUUUGGAGACUUCAUAGCCAGCUUUUGGCCCUUCUACCUGCUCCAUGCGGCUGUCCAGGGAGUCAUCCGCUGGAAAUGGCACCGUUUUCAGUGCCUUGGAUUCGCCGGUGUUUGUGUUUUGGCUUUGGGAGUCAACCUGGACUGGACUUCGAUGGUGCUACUAGCCAUGUUGAUAGGUAGCUAUUAUGUAGUCUCCCUAGGCACAUCCAAAAUCCUCGUUUGGCUUUUAUCCGCCGGCUGGAUACUGUGCAUCAAUCUCAUCCAGAAGAACGCCUGGUGGACGGAGCGUGUGGGCUACACGGAGUACGUCCUGGUGAUAGUUACCAUGUCCUGGAGUGUCCUGCGCGGCUGCAGUUACUCGCUGUCCAAAAUGGGGGCUAAGGAGGAGGAUCUGGGGAGGUAUAACCUCAUCCAGUACUUGGGCUACGCCAUGUACUUUCCCUGCCUGACUUAUGGACCCAUCAUUUCCUACCAGAGAUUUGCAGACAGGAGGGAGGAUGAGCAGCAGAACUGGUCAAGAUUCUUUGGAGGAGUCCUGCGCAGUGCUAUUUGGUGGCUAGUGAUGCAGUGCGCCCUCCACUUCCUCUACAUACACUACAUGUCGCGGGAUGUGCGCAUGGUGGAGCUGAUGGACUCGGUUUUCUGGCAGCAUUCCGCCGGCUACUUCAUGGGUCAGUUCUUCUUCCUCUACUAUGUGGUGACCUAUGGCUUGGGCAUCGCCUUUGCCCUGCAGGAUGGCAUCCCGGCGCCGAGGAGACCGCGCUGCAUCGGCCGCAUCCACUUCUACUCGGACAUGUGGAAGUUCUUCGAUGAGGGCUUGUACGAGUUCCUCUUCCAGCACAUCUACGCCGAGUUGUGCGGCCGCAGAUCCUCGCCAGCUGCCAAGUUUGGAGCCACCGCCUUGACCUUUGCCUUUGUUUUCGUCUGGCAUGGCUGCUACACGUAUGUGCUCAUCUGGAGCAUCCUCAACUUCCUCUGCCUGGCUGCAGAGAAGCUCUUCAAGACGUUGACCUUGUCAAAGGAGUAUCAAAGGUGGACUAAGGAUCAUCUCGGAGCAGUUUUUGCCCAGCGAUUGUACGCCAUGUUGGCCACGCAGCUCUUCAUUCCGGCCGCCUUCUCGAAUGUCUACUUUAUUGGUGGACAGGAGAUUGGAGACUUUCUGAUGCGCGGCGCCUACCGCAGCGGAGUGGGCAACUACAUGGCCCUGUGCUUCUGCAGCUACUGCUUUUUCCAGUGCUCCGAGCUGCUCCUGACCAAGUCGGAUGAUCGCUUAAAGGCAAAAACUUACUGACCUCGCUAAAAGGCUGCUUAGAAUUA